ACCUACAUAAUUACUAAUAGAUUUCAGUAAUUUUUUUAUUUCACAAAUGUUUUUCACAUUUCGACUCCCUGUGCAAAUACGGUUGUAAACACAGGUGAAAUUUUAAAUCACUUCUGAGGAAGAAAAUAACAUAAUGGAAUUCCACACCUUUUUUGAGGAUAAGAUGUGCAUAUGCUUCAACUAUGAAAACGGUAGACAAUGUUGUCCAGAAAUGGCAUGUAUCAGCUGCUCUUGAGAAAUAAAAAUAAAAUUCUAAGCACCCCCUAACUGACUGAAUGGAUGCCCUCUUGACCGUGAGAACCCUAGAAUAACUUUGGUAGCUGAAUUCACCACUAUAGAGGAAUGGGAAAUCAGACACACCUCAUUAUAUCCCCUACCACACUACAAUCAUUAGGUUUUCUUCCCUAAGGGCUAAAUAGAAAUCAACCUUUUCAGAAGACUACUAGCUUAUCUUCCAAGGUACAGAACAGAGAGAAGAUGAGAUUAUUCAUUCCUUCAUCCUUCUAUGAGACAUCUGCUUUCUCUAUUCCCUUUUCCCCUCACGUGUUUAUCUUAUGUAAAAUGUAGAUUUACUGGGCACUAACUAAAGUUUCACAUGUCUGUAAUCAUUUAUCUCACUGCCAACCUCUCUUCCUUUUUAAGGAAAAUGUAUAAUAAAUACUAAACCUCCUAAGAACCUCUUUGGAAAAAUCAGCCACAGAUGCUUCUGUGACUUACAGUUUUCUGGAUGUGCCCUUAGGCUGGUCCAGUAAUCCUCUAUGAUUUGUGACUUAUGCCUCAAUCACUCAUUUUGGUCAUCACUCUCGUUUUCAGAUAGGAUUGUGAUUCUUAAAAUAAAUGGAAAAUAUCUCAGAUAUGAAGUAGUAAGUAUUAUUAGAAUAAAAGCGUUGCACCCUUCGUAGGAACACAAUCGCUGACUCUACAGUCAGGUAAGACGUCUUCUCUUUGAUUCAGAGGCAUAGCUUCACCCUUUCAACCUACUUCAGUGUCUCCUGCCAUCCUUCCUACAAAUUCUAGUCCCUAGGCCUAACUGUGUAGUCUUUCUUUCUUCUUCUGGACCAAACAUAUUGAAGCUUACUAAACAGACGCCAAAGCGUAACUGUAUGUGUAUUUGAAAAGCAAUAAUAUGGCUGGCAGGCAUGAGUAGAGGCAGACUGCCUUUAUGGUAUGGGGUGCGUCUUUGGACGUGUAGUUAUUGGGAAUUAGCUGUGUUUAAUAGAGUCUUAAGUAAUAAGUUGCUAACAUUUCUGUAAAUAUCCUACACUACAAUCCAAAAAAAUACCGUAUGUUGCCUUUAAGAGCAAGCCAAGUCCCCUCCUGUCUUUGGAGUCGGGGACUCCGUUUCCCAGCUCCCCUGACAGUGCCACUGGGCCUUUAUCUGCCAUAUAAGGACUGAUCAACGCUCUAAGGCAAGUCCGGAAGCGGUGUCGAAACUUCAUAACCCAGAAGACACUGCAGCUCUCGGCGGCACGACUUACCCAAUAAAGGCUUAGAAGGGGACGUUUGCGUGCGUGCGUGCGCACCGACGGAGGGCAGGACUUCCGCCGUCCUCCUGGUGGUGGUCGUUUUGGUUCUCUCUGGUGUUUCACCAGCUCUGGCCUAUGGCUGUGUCUGACGUCACCGAAGUGACGGAGCGGAAAAGCGCGAGAAGCGGCUUGGUUCCCACCACGGAGAGGCGGGAGUGAGUCAACUGACAAGCGCUGGAGACAGUGGCGUCCUUGUCUUGCCUUUGUCGCCCCCGCCCCGCUCUUCCCUGGCUGGGCUGGCGGAGGCCUUGCUGAUGAACCUGACUGAGGCCCGUGUGGUCUUUGAGGACGUGGCCAUAUAUUUCUCCCAGGAGGAGUGGGGGCACCUUGAUGAGGCUCAGAGAUUGCUGUACCGUGAUGUGAUGCUGGAGAAUUUGGCCCUUUUGUCCUCACUAGGUUCUUGGCAUGGAGCUGAGGAUGAGGAGGCACCUUCACAGCAAGGUUUUUCUGUAGGAGUGUCAGAGGUUACAACUUCAAGGCCCUGUCUGUCCAGCCAGAAGGUCCACCCUAGUGAGACAUGUGGCCCACCCUUGAAAGACAUUCUGUGCCUGGUUGAGCACAAUGGAAUUCAUCCUGAGCAAGACAUAUAUAUUUGUGAGACAGAGCUUUUUCAGCACCCAAAGCAGCAAAUUGGAGAAAAUCUUUCCAGAGGGGAUGAUUGGAUACCUUCAUUUGGGAAGAACCACAGAGUUCACGUGGCAGAGGAGAUCUUCACAUGCAUGGAGGGCUGGAAGGACUUACCAGCCACCUCAUGCCUUCUCCAGCACCAGGGCCCUCAAAGCGAGUGGAAGCCAUACAGGGACACAGAGGACAGAGAAGCCUUUCAGACUGGACAAAAUGAUUACAAAUGUAGUGAAUGUGGGAAAACCUUCACCUGCAGCUAUUCAUUUGUUGAGCACCAGAAAAUCCACACAGGAGAAAGGUCUUAUGAAUGUAACAAAUGUGGGAAAUUCUUUAAGUACAGUGCCAAUUUCAUGAAACAUCAGACAGUUCACACUAGUGAAAGGACUUACGAGUGCAGAGAAUGUGGAAAAUCCUUUAUGUACAACUACCGACUCAUGAGACAUAAGCGAGUUCACACUGGAGAAAGGCCUUAUGAGUGUAACACAUGUGGGAAAUUCUUUCGGUACAGCUCCACAUUUGUUAGACAUCAGAGAGUUCACACCGGAGAAAGGCCGUAUGAGUGCAGGGAAUGUGGGAAAUUCUUUAUGGACAGCUCCACACUCAUUAAACAUCAGAGAGUUCACACCGGAGAAAGACCUUAUAAGUGCAAUGAUUGUGGGAAAUUUUUUAGGUAUAUCUCUACACUCAUUAGACAUCAGAGAAUUCACACUGGAGAAAGGCCUUAUGAGUGCAGUGUAUGUGGGGAAUUGUUUAGGUACAACUCCAGCCUCGUUAAACAUUGGAGAAAUCACACUGGAGAAAGGCCUUAUAAAUGCAGUGAAUGUGGGAAAUCAUUUAGGUACCACUGCAGGCUCAUUAGACACCAGAGAGUCCACACGGGAGAAAGGCCUUAUGAGUGCAGCGAAUGUGGGAAAUUCUUUCGUUACAACUCCAACCUCAUUAAACAUUGGAGAAAUCACACUGGAGAAAGGCCUUACGAAUGCAGAGAGUGUGGGAAAGCCUUUAGCCACAAGCAUAUACUUGUUGAGCACCAGAAAAUCCACAGUGGAGAAAGACCUUAUGAGUGCAGCGAAUGCCAGAAGGCCUUUAUUAGGAAGUCUCACCUGGUUCAUCACCAGAAAAUCCACAGUGAAGAGAGGCUUGUGUGCUCCAUGAAUGUGGGGAAUUCUUUAGCUAAAACUCCAACCUCAUUAAACAUCAGAGAUUUCACAAUGGAGAAAGUUUACCAUUGACUAUUGUAAUUGGGUAGUAAUGUCAUAUAAAUUCCACAUUUUUAUGCAACUAAUCUCCAGAACAUUUUUCCUCUUACAAAAAAAGUAAAAUGCUGUAGCCAUUAACAACUCAUUCCCCUUCCCUGCUUCCCCAGAAAUGUCUCAACUAUGUUUCUAUACUCUGUAUCUAUGAAUUUGAUAUCUAUUGGUACCUCAUAUAAGUGGAUUCAUACAGUAUUUAUCUUUUGACACUGGCUUAUUUCACUUAGGAUCAGGUCUUCACGGUUCACCCACGUUGUAUAAUGUGUCAGAAUAUCCUUCCUUUUUAGGUGAAAUAAUAUUCUAUGGUAUUUAUAUACCACAUUUAUUUAUCCAUUCAUCUGUUAGUGGAUGCUUGGGCUACUUCCACCUUUUGCCUAUUGAAAUAAUGCUGCUAUAAAGAUGAGUGUACAAGUGUCUAUUCAAGAUUCUACUUUCAAUUCUUGUAGGGUAUAUACUCAGAAAUGGUGGUGCUGGAUCAUAUAGCAUUUCUUUUUUUCUUUUUUUUUUUUUUUUUUGAGACAGAGUCUUGCUCUGUCACCCAGGCUGGAGUGCAGUGGUGUGAUCUUGGCUCACUGCAAGCUCCGCCUCCCGGGUUCGUGCCAUUCUUCUGCCUCGCCCUCCCAAGUAGCUGAGACUACAGGUGCCUGCCACCGCGCCUGGCUAAUUUUUUUGUAUUUUUAGUAGAGACGGGGUUUCACCGUGUUAGCCAGGAUGGUCCUGAUCUCAUGAACUUGUGAUCUGCCUGCCUUGGCCUCUCAAAGUGCUGGGAUUACAGGCGUGAGCCACCGUGCCUGGCCAGGAUUUCUAUUUUUAAUAUUUUUGGGAAAAUUUUUUUCAUAGUACCUGUGCUAUUUUACAUUCCCACCAGCAGUGCACAAGGAUUGCAAUCUAUAUACAUCGUCACCAACAUUGUUCAUUUUCCAUUUCUGUUUUUGGGGUUUUUUGUAGUGCCUUUUGUUUUGGAUAGAAGCCAUCCUGUUGGAUGUGAGGUGGAAUCUAUAGUGUCUUUCAUUUUUAUUUUGUGAAUGAUUAAUGAUGUUGAGGAUCUUUUCAUGUGCUUGUUAGGCAUUUGUGUAUCUGGAAAAAUAUUCAAGUCUUUCCAUUUUUAAUGGGACUAUUUGCUUUUUGUUGUUGAGUUGUAGAAGUUCUUUAUACAUUCUGGAUAUUAACUCCUUACCAAAUAUAUGCUUUUUACAUAUUACCUCCCAGUCCAUAGGUUGCUUUUUCACUCUGUGGAUUGUGUCCUUUGAUGAAAUUUUAAAUUUUGAUGUACUGUUGACUCUCUCUGUCUGUGGGCUCUGUAUUCAUGGAUUGAAGCAACCAUGGAUCAAAAGUAUUUGGAGCAUCCAUGGAUUGCAGUGAUCAUUAAUCAAAAAUAUUUGGAAAACAAAAAGGGUAGUUGCAUCUGUACUAAACAUGAACGGACAUUUUUUUCUUGUCAUUAUUCCCUAAACCAUAUAGUAUAAUAAAUAUUUACAUAGCA